UUUAAAUGUUGACAAAUUAUGGGCAUUAUUAAAAUUGUUAUUAUUAUUUUUGGAUGAAAAUUUAAAUUUUUAUUUUGAUAUUAAAAAGAGAUCGAGAAUAAUUGAAGAGGACUGUUUUUGGGUCCAUUCCAUAAAAGACACCUAAAACGGCAGAAACUGCAAUCCUCUUCUGCUUGGAAGCCAUUAGGCUUUUUCCUCCGCCGCGCUACUUUAUAGUUACGGUCGCAAUCACCCUUCGGCUUCUUUCAAUCGCUGCUUCCAUAGUUUGGUUCCGAGGCUGAGCGCUUUUAGACUCCCAUUUAGCUCUUUCCAAUUUGAGGAUCAAAUGGAAAUGAACAAAGAAACCGAGAAACCUGCUUCAUUAGACCCUCUUUUACAGUGGAGCCAAUGGCAACUACUAGAUUCCAUCCUCCCAACAGGUGGGUUCGCUCACUCUUUUGGUCUCGAGGCAGCAAUCCAAGUUCGCAUAGUCACUGGUCCUGAAGAUCUCCAAACAUUCAUAAUCCAUGUAUUGGAAAACACUGCAAGCUUGCUCCUUCCUUUCGUGUAUUCUGCAACCUUGUUACCUGAAAUGGAGAACUGGCACAGACUUGAUAGAAUGCUGAAUGCCAUGCUGACCAAUGAAGUAGGUAGAAAAGCGUCCAUUUCACAAGGCUCUGCACUAAUGAGAGUGGCUGCAUCAGUGUUUUCAGAAAACCCUUCGCUUAAAACCAUGAGGGAAGCUUGUCUGGGUUCUGGGAUUGUUUCUUUCCACCAUGCUCCAAUCUUUGGUCUUGUUUGUGGACUUGUUGGGUUGGACAGUACUACUUCUCAGAGAGCUUACAUGUUUGUAACAAUGAGAGAUGUUAUAUCUGCUGCAACAAGACUGAAUUUGGUAGGACCUUUAGGUGCAGCUGUGCUGCAGCAUCGGAUUGCUCCUGUUGCUGAAGCUAUACUUGCUAAAUGGAUGGACCGUGAUGUCGAGGAAUCAUGCCAAAGAGCUCCUUUGCUUGAUACCGUGCAGGGUUGCCAUGGCUACUUGUUUACUAGACUGUUUUGUUCUUGAAGUCUCAUAUAUAUUUAAUGCCCCAGAGGUGGUUUGGGGUGAACUGUUGGUACCAGUUCUACAUUUUCUCUCAGUGGACAAAGGAGAAAAGGGUUCAGUGGGGAAGCAGAUUGUAACAUGAGAAAAGAGUAUCUACAUCCACGUCCUGAUCCUCUAAAAAGGGUUAGAAGAAAGAAUGGAGGCCUAAGACUGGUGCUCAGCGGUCUUCCAAGUAGCAUGCUUGGUCAGGUCUUCCUUUUAUUCUAUCUGCUUGAUAAUUUUAUAAUGCCUGGAGCUUUUCUUGAUUAUGAAAAGUGAAUGGAUCUGUCAAACUUAAAUUUGAAAAGGUAUGUCUGGGUUAACUAAAUGCUAUCUUUAUAGUAAAUGGAGCCAUUUGUUUGUUA